AUUCAAAAUACUGCACAACAACCGGCUUUAACAUUUCUACAGGACGAUUACAACGUGGUCGUUGUCGACUGGAGUGCCGGGGCGCGCGAAUUCAACUACUUGCAGUCUGUGGCCAAUACCCGGGUCGUCGGAUCGCAUGUGGCACAACUAUUAAUUGUGCUAAAGCGCCUGUUGGACAUAGAUCUCCAUACAGUUCAUAUAAUUGGACACAGUCUGGGUGCGCACGCAGCCGGAUAUGCCGGUGAACACGUAGACGGCAUCGGUCGAAUUACGGGACUUGACCCCGCUGGGCCGGCCUUUGAGGGAACUGACCAAGCCGUUCGUCUAGAUCCAGAUGACGCUAUCUUUGUUGACGUCAUACACACGGACGCGGAGCAUAUUCUCAGUGGUGGCUUCGGGAUCAAACAGCCUGUGGGCGCCGUGGAUUUCUACCCUAACGGAGGGAAGGACCAGCCCGGGUGUCCGACCACAUACUUUGCUCAAAUAAAAUGGCUCUUCUCGGGCAACUUCCAGCUUAUCAACAACUUCAUCUGUAGUCAUAUGCGCGUCCUCGAAUUUUUUACAGAGUCCAUCAAUUCCGCCUGCCAAUUCAAAGCCUCCCUAUGUCCGCACAUCGACGCAACCUCUUGGAUGCAAUGUCAGGACUGUCAGAAUGGCGCAUGCGCCAAAAUGGGUUUCCACGUAGACCCUACGUCCAAACCGGGCAGCUACUUCCUAUUGACAAAUCCAUCGUCGCCUUAUUGCUACUAGAGAUAUAUGUAUUAAAACAUGUAUAUAAUUAACGCAAGCCGGAUUUUAUGUUCGGACUAUAAUAGUUCCAUAGAUGAUACUAAUAGCAAAUUCGUUUUUCUUACGUUGCCAAUUGUUUCCCCUCAAUUUUAUGAGAUUAAGCCUGACUAAAGAUGGAGGGAUUGGGGGCGCUGCAAAUGGUUAGGGUAAAUUAUGUCGCGGACAAUCUUCGAAUGGUUAACUUUGUACAUUGCAAGUGACUUAAAGUUGCUGUUUUCACUUUAGCGCUUACAUUCAAUCGUCCACUCAGCAUAUUUUCCACGAGGAAUGUUCUUUAUUUAAACUAAUUAGAUGUUAAUAUUAAAUAUAAAUGACUGUAUAUUACUUAAUAAAAAUAAUAAAUAAGCAAUACAAAUACGAUGUGUGUGUCUAUAUUUACCUUUUUACACAACAAAAAGGAAAUUUAUAAAAAAAGGAUGUUAUCAUGGAUUGAAGGUGGGCACAUAUUUUCAAAAGGUGGGACAUAAACAUUGAAGGCCUGCACCAUUAUUUCAUUUUUUUUCCAGUAAAUUUAUUAAAUUUGCGCUAUUCACCACUAACAUGUAGUUGACUUGCUAAAACAAUUCGAAUGAAAAAUAAAGAAAUAAUAAAACACCUAAUGGUUAAAUACUAUUUUAUUCGGUCUGGUGGUAUAUCCACAGACCAAUUUAUCACUUUUUAUAUCAUGUGUUUUGGUUUGUUAAAUAACAUUGAAUGAUACAGUGUAUAACAUCCAUCGCGAUUUAAAAUAAAUUGUCAUUUACUUAGUAAUCACUUUUUGCUUUUCAGCUACUAGAUGUUUUGAUAAUUUGCAUUUUUACA